AUGGGUUCCUCGCCCUCCAAAGCCGGCGGCGAAGAUGCCCUGGUCAUGUGCAAGGAGCGGCUGCGCCGCAUCAAGCGGGCAAUCGACUCCAGGGACGCGCUCUCGGCGGCGCACCUCUCGUACACCCACUCCCUGCGCAGCGUGGGGACGGCGCUGCGUCGGCACGCCGAGUCCUCCAGCAUCUCCACGCCCGAGUCCUCGCUCUCCAUUUCGGAGGCGGGCAGGUCGCCGUCGCACUCCUCCAUGGCGUCCCCGUCGCCGUCCCGCGCGGCGGCGGAGAGCACCGGCUCCCCGAUGCAGCAUCGAGCUUCUCCGCUGGCAAGGGUACACUGCAUGAAAGCUGCGGGAACUGUUCCUUUGACAUUCACGGUCGAUCCAUCCGCUGCUGAAUUUGUGGGGCAGGAAUCUCCUGUCUCUGCCUUUGUGCCGAAGCCGCCGCCGCUGCCAUCGGAGUGGGAUUUCUUUGAUGGUGUUGGUAGUACCUCGUCAAACAAUGUGGAUGGGCUGACCCUGGACUUCAAUAGGUUGAAGGGUUUGAGAGAGUCAUGGGAAGCCGAGCUGGUGCCACUGAGUGAUGAACCAGAAAACAGGUCUGCUAGAAUGCAUUCAGAUGCAGAGAUUGUUGAUGAUAGUGUGGUGCAGAAGCAGGAAACCAUAGCAGCAAAGAGAGGGAUCGGUCAAACAAGUGGGUCGGCCGAUGCUUCUAACAAAGGAGCUUCUUCUGAGCAGGUUGUGGCAAAAGCGGAUGAAGGCGGCAAGAAAAAAGAGUCGCGCACAGGCACGGAAGACCCUUCCGAGUUCAUCACUCAUCGAGCAAAAGAUUUUGUGUCAAGCAUGAAGGAAAUCGAAAUGCGCUUUAUACGUGCAGCCGAAGCUGGGAACGAGGUUUCAAGAAUGCUUGAGACAAAGAAGAUCAGGCUUGACAUAUGUGCUAAAGUACCAGGUUCCCCAGGAAAACCUACUGCCCGAUUUGCAUCAGCGCUUCGAGUCUGCUGCAAUCGCCAAAUUCAUCUCAACCAGGAAACUGCACAGCAUGUUUCAAAUGUUGUUACCUGGAAACGUUCAGUCUCAUCGCUAUCAUCGUCAUCUAGAAGUCGACUUACAACGUCAAUGAUACAAGAUGAUGUUGAUGAUAGCAAUAAUGAUUUUGUUGAGGAAUUUGCCAUGGUGUCUGGAAGCCAUUCCUCUACAUUGGAUAGGCUACAUGCAUGGGAGAGAAAACUAUAUGAUGAAAUCAAGGCAAGUGAAAAUGUCAGAAAGACUUACGACGAGAAAUGUAAGCUUCUCCGGAACCAAUUUGCACAAGGUCUGAAUGCAAAACUGAUUGAUAAGACUCGGGCUGUUGUGAAGGAUCUGCAUUCCAGGGUAUCUGUUGCAAUCCAGGCUGUUGAUGUAAUCUCAAAAAGAAUUGAGAAAAUAAGGGAUGGAGAACUGCAGCCACAACUUGUCGAGCUCAUUCAAGGAUUAAUCAGGAUGUGGAAAUCAAUGCUGGAAUGCCACCACAAACAAUUCAUUACAAUCUCACUGGCAUACCAUGUCAAAAGUUCAACCUCGAUGCCGCAAGGAGAGCAUCACCGUCAGGCGACAAUGCAUCUCCGGAAUGAGAUGGAUUGCUUUUCGUCCACCUUCAGGAUCUGGGUCACUGCUCAGAAGUCAUAUGUGGAGGCUCUCAACGCAUGGCUCCAGAAGUGCAUCCUGCAGCCACCACAGGACCGCCGCAGGCGGAAGCGGAAGGUCUCAUUUCCUCCCCGCCAGGCACUCUCCCCUCCUAUUUUUGUCCUAUGCAGUGGCUGGCUUGCCAUGAUGGAGUCACUCCCCACGGAUGAGUUAUGCAAGUCCAUUAAAGAAGCAAUGCAGCAAUUGCAUGACUCGAUCGAGCAUCAGACUGAUCAAACUAAAAUGGGAAGCGAGCCGCAUUCCUUGAGUGAGUCUCAGGAAUGUGGGAUGCUGGAAAACAAUGAGCAGGAAGCAAGCGGAGGGGUAGCAGCGGUGGAAGGGUUACAUUCAAAACUGACUACGGUCCUUGAUCGGCUGACAAAGUUUUCCGAGGCUUCACUGAAGCGCCAUGAGGAGCUCAGGCAGAAUUAUGAGAGGGCUUAUGAUGCGUACAAGACAGAGAGGCCAAUUGCUCAUCCUGCUCAGCCGGAUAUUGAAUCUGCCUUGUAA